CAUGGAUGUAAUUCUCUCCAUUGAGAUGUAGAAAGAGGCGGCAAAAUGGCGCGCUAUUGAUCAAGAGUGUAGAGAGGUAAAAAAGAACACUAUCCUUCUAAAAGGACAUGCUGAUUCUGGUGGACGAAAAAGCGAAUGAUUUUCAAAAAAGGGAUAAAUUUGAAAAAGUAAGUACAGCAUUAUGAUUAUCCGUCAUAGAAGCCAACGCCUCUAGCUAGACAACAUACAAUAGUCCUACUUUCCUACUAGCAUUACUGCGUUUACUGUAAACUACCAUCCGUGACCCUAUAUAGAGUUGCACGACAUUAGAAGAAGACAGAGAAAAUGCCGACCCUCAUAGUCCCCACUUCGCCGACCGCGGCAGUUUCUAGCUCCUCAGCUACUGCAGCCAAGGAACCGUCAUCUAUAACAGCAUCAUCCGGAGGGCCCUAUGAUUCCUUUCUGCGCGCACCAGAGAUUAACAAGUUGGGAUUGGAGCUUGACGGGAUGGACAUGAUGGCGCUUCUCGAUGCUCUUGCGGAUUUGAAGCGAGAAAAGGAUUUGCUCGGAAUUGCAGCCUGUUUUCACAGUAUCGGACGACUAGCGUUCAAGGAUAAAAGCGAGAGGGAGAUUAUGGAUGGUUCGUUCACUGCUUCUCCUAUUUAGCAUUUGAGACUCACUGAAUGCAAAAUUAUGAAUCGCACGCUUUAGCUAAGUAGGAAAAUGAUCUCGCUUUUCAAUUACUGACACUUCUCAACAUACAACCUCAACCUCUCUAAUGUUCCCUUAUGCGAUUUUGACGGUAUUACGAGUAUGUGCGAGGUUCUUAGGGAACCCCAGUUCUAUCAUCCUGAGGCCGAGUGGACCCCAGAGGAGACCGAGUGUUUCCGCAAACUCCAGGAAGUAGAUGCAGAUGGAGGAGAAGGUGCAGCUGAGGCGAAAACUGAAGGUAUCCUCAGGACUCUUUGAGUUUUACUUGAUGACCUACAUCUACUUUGUGAGCAAUAAGGUUAGUAGUUUUUCUUCUUUAAUAUUGUAUUCUUUGAAUUCAUACAUGCGGAUAACAAUGAAUGGCAUUAGUUGUACAGCUGACGACAUUACAUGAUGCACUUACAUUCUUUUUUAUGCGUCUCAUUUUGAUGCCUCAUUUUUUGUUCGAUUUCAUUAGGUGGUGAGCAGGACGAUUAUCAGGAGCCAAAAGGGAAGAAGUUGAAAUUCACGCCCGACUCCUCCUUGGACCUCACUUAUCGUCGUAUGAUGAGUGCUUUUUGCUUAUCCCUCAAAGGAGUGUGUGCAAAGAGCAAUUUGAACAGAGGUGCGCUGCGGGAAGAAGGGGCCGUCGAAGAGGUCGUGCAUUUCGUGGAGCGGUGUUUUGAGGAGAUAACAGAUUCCACGACCGACAGGGAACGCAUGUUGCAGAUGUGUGUCGCUGCCGGCUGCUCAGCCCUCAAGUCUCUCUGUGCUGGAAACGAUGGAAACAAGAAGGUACUGUCACAGCAGCUGAUGAGAACUCGAACUCCAGUAAAUCGUUGUACAUAGGAAUAAAAAUGUAUGAAAAAUUACGAAGCAACUACGACAACGAGCUGCAAAUGGAGUACAUCUACAUCAAUGUGAUCUCUUAAAUUUGCUUUUCGGUGGAACAAAACGACAUGAACAUGAACAAGUCGCAUCUUAACCAAAUACAGCUUGCUGCCAAGAUUAAAGGGAAAUUCAAUGCAGAAAAGCUUGCAGAGACGGACUGCUUGGACCCUAGCGUGCCAACAAUUUACGUGAGGACUUUUUGAAUAAAUCUCAUAGCCUGCAAUUUCACCUCCAGCGAGGAGUGGUGUGCUACGUCUAGGUUCUUCUUCUGUUGUGAAAAAACUAGGUCAAGAAUAACCAGCCACUCCAUAUCAAAUUAAGAACGGAAUAAUUACAAUUAGAUAACUAAGUAGUCUGGUCUGUCUUUUUUCUAGUUAGGUCGGCUCCACCACAAUUAUAUAAAUAAGUAGUAAAUACUUCCUUAACCUUAUUCUUAAUAUCCCUCUUCUAAUCACCGGCAAAAAGCACUGAUAAAGCAGGUAAGGGUGUAGAUCUGCUUCUAGAUGUCUUGGAACGGUUUCCAGAUGACUCAAGAGUCCAAAUGGAAGCAAUUUGGGCUCUUAGGAGUAUAGUCACGGACGACGAUGCGCGAGGCGGCGAGUCGAUGGUCCCGUCAGCAGUAGAAAAUCGAGAUUACUUACGGCUAGUAUCAAUCUACAAUAGAUCAGAUUACUUAAAAGUUAGAUUGCUUCUUAUGUCAGUCUAGUGGAUCGAAUCACGGUUAUAAUUCUAGAAUCUACCUUGAUUUCUAGAGAAGACGAGAGUUCCUUUGUUAUGUGUUUGGAAGCGGACAAAAAGAGGAAUGCGAAUAGUUCCCAUGAUUCAUCUAAGUCAUGUUUGUGAUCGUGAGCGGUUUCCCAGGAUUCGUGAGAUUAUCGUGCGGUCUUUUCGCAGUCUGAAAAAACGGAUAGACGAUGGAGCAAAUGCUGCUUCUGCUGAAAUCGAUUCUGAUGCUGAUAAAGUUAAGGCCUAAACACUGAUGCUUAUGCUGAUAAAGGUUGAUACUUGAAGUUGACUCACUCCAACAGUUCUAGUUUUUUCAUGAUCUUCACGCUGACUAUGCUAUCUUCAUGUGGAAAGUGUUUGUUGUCAUUUUAAGUCGAUGAAACUUCUUACAUCACUUCUGCUCGUGGAAAACCUACGUACCUACCCUCUCUAAGAAAUAAGCAGAUGGCGAGGCGGAAGGAGACGAGGAAUCUGGUGCGGGAGAGUCGGCUAAGGCUGGCCCAGAAGCAGCAGACACAUCCUCGCCGUUCAUUAAGGCUGGCGAGGAAUAAACUGAUGUUUUUGAUGUAUUCUCGAUAUUUGUCUUCAUGUAGUUGUAGGUACUUUUGUAUUCUCGAUAUUUAUCAUCUUCAUGUAGUACUUCUACUUUCCGAAAGAAACAGAAAACGUUCUAUUGAAGUCGGUUGAAUUUUUGUUGUGCGGAGGUACUCUUCAGUAGCUGGUUCCCCUCUAACCUCCCGGGCGAGCAGUGGUGUUGGCUGGAGGGUGUCCUCUUGCUGAUGAAGGAGGUCGGGUGUCACCAAGAACGAAUCCACAAGUUCGUCUUUGAAGACAACGUGCUACCGCUGAUAAAAGAUACACUUUCUUAUGAGUUUGGACAAUAUUAGUACAAACUACAAUCAUGCUUGACGUGGUAGGAGCAAGGUGUUGGCAGAUGCAGUAGUUUUGCUAGGUGUAGUAGUUUUGUUAGAGGCGCAACAGUUCUUGCAAGGAUAAAUUCCUUAGAAUCACUCAAUCAACAUAUUUGUCUUCGCUUCUAAUCCCUCUUCGGUCACGAAUCCAUCGUGCGAGCAUGCCUGUUCGUGCUUCGACAGUUUGCUUUUUCGGAUCACAUGAAGGAAUUGUUUACGAGCGACGACGCAGGCAUAACCAAGACAGCGAUGCUUGUGUUGCGCAAGUAUACCCAGAAUACUGGAGUGGUAGAUUAAGGCUUCGCCUAAUCCAUCUCGUGAAGCAUCCUCAAGUCGGCUUUUCCAAGGGGAAAAUGUCUCAGGAUGAUCUUCAGGAUGGACUGGGGUGAGCUCUAAGUAGAGCAAGCAUUUGGGCUUUUCAGUAAUCUGACGCUCAGAAAACCGCAGAUUUGUGCAACGCUGAACGCUGAUCCGAUGCGUAUAGCAGCGAUGGGACUGCUAGUCUUGCAAGACUAUCAGGUACUGGCUAUCUCAAACUUUUCAGCGUUUCAUCCUGAUCUCAGUCAGAAGUGAGCCCACUCACGGAGUAUAACUACUUGGUUCAUCUUUUGAUACAUCAGUUGUUCACCUCAUCGAUCAGUCGUACGCGGUCGAUCAACAACAUUCAAACACGGCAAAAAUCAGGACAACGCGUCCGUCGUGACCACUGUCUUAUUCACUCUGCGAAACGUGGCAAAGGCCGUUCCCGAAGCCGCCAAAGAGAUGGAAGAUAGUGGAAUCUUCGAGCUGAUCCGGAAGAUCUACUUCGCAAGGGAAUCAAGUCAAACGAGGCAGUGGUUGGCCGCCAAGGAUAUUGGGAAGCAAUUUCUACGUGAAUUCCGAGAGGAUACGGACGGAAUGAGACGGCCGAUAACACACAAUGAUUAUUACUAGGCUAAUAUGGUGAGGUGUCGGCCACUGGGUUCCAUUCCGAUCCCGUAUGACAGUAGAGAUGGCAUGAACAUGAAGGAGCCACCAAUGUCAGAUGGGGGACAUCAUGUGCGAUAUUCGAAAUUGAAAUUGCGCAUUACCACCAAGACUAUGCCGUAGCGUUACCAGGAUGUGAGGUCUUGGUGCUGUAACAGAGGAAGGGCAGUUUUUCCAAGUGUCUAUGUUAACUGUCAGUGACAGCGCUCUAGAAUUGUUCUUUGAGAUUUUUACUAGAAGUGUGUACGAUGAUCUGGGGAAAAGUUCUCUUCUUCUUCGACGAG